AAUCAAGGCAUGCGCUCCAACGACUACUACGACUACGACGACAUCUACGACAACCACUACGAGUAAACAAAAGCGUGCAGUUGGUCAAGCACAAGUUACUUUGCUAACCCAUCAAGACUUUGAUGCUAACAUGAUUCCUGCUUACUUGAAGGUCGUCAGAUCUGCGAUUGAACAGCAUGCAAAAAACCAAAAUAUCUUCUACAACCGGGACCUGGUGGACGAGAAGACUGAGAACAUCAAUGGAAAAUUCGGUGUCGUCUACACCAUCCUCGGUGUGGACUGUGAUAAGAUUGAACAGCAUGCAAAAAACCAAAAUAUCUUCUACAACCGGGACCUGGUGGACGAGAAGACUGAGAACAUCAAUGGAAAAUUCGGUGUCGUCUACACCAUCCUCGGUGUGGACUGUGAUAAGCUGACUAACUUCAUCACGUCUGCAAAAGGGCUAUCGGCAUUCACAAAAGAAAUCGCAAUUAAUUGUGGAGGCAAAACAACAGUUCUGCCACUUCAAGAUUGA